CUGUGGAAUCAAUCGCGCGCGCCUUCCGUAGUCUUCCCGCCGUUGGGCGGGGUUUCGGGCUCGUCUGGGAAAGCGAGCACCGGCAGAGUGAAAAAUAGUAGAAACCUAUGAAAACAACCCACUGGAGCUAGUGAGGUGUGCGAGCACACGCGCUGUUGCUUCGCGCGCCAGAUAGCACAUCUCAGCGGUCAGCUUCCGCUCGACGUCGACUUCAAUCCCAGCCUGGCGUAACCGCAAUAGGUUGACUUUCGGACGGAAUUAGCUCGCGAAGUGCAGCAAGUCUUCGCGAGUCCUUGCGAGUAUUUGAGGUGGGUGGGCUAUAAUGUGUAGAAGUCGGUGAAGGCAAAGAGACUUGUGAAUUCGAUCGAUUCUACGGUAUAACUUCUGGUGUCUGCGUUGUGUCUUGCGAAGGCCUCGCGAAGUCUCCUCCACGUUACGCUCCAUAACGCUUGCCCCCACUGCAGUCAUCGCCAAUGCACGUGCCAGUCGAUUAACGGGAAGGCGGCCUGCCUCGAUAGGUUUAUCAUCGUAUCCUUAAGGCGCGGCGUCUCUCUCGUAUUAGAGGCGUGCUAACUGUGACCGUCUUCAUUGAUCGGUGCUAGGCAUAGUGCGCUUGCUAUUCACUCGGAAGUCUGUCUGCACCCGGGACGGUGUUUUCUUCGUCGUAGUCCCACACAUCGAAGAUGACGACUUCGACGAGACUGUUGAGCAGGAGGAGCGAGAAGUUCAGCAAGAAUAUUCUGAAAAGAGGCCAAGUGCAGGACUCUGCGUCCAAGAAAGGCGAGAAGUACCCGGUCGGUCCUUUUGUGCUCGGGUUCUUCAUCUUUGUAGUCGUUGGCUCCUCCCUGUUUCAGAUCAUCAGGACCGCUCAGACGGGAAGCUUGUGAGGACAGUUGGCCAGUUUGACGAUAACCAUGGAUCCAUCCGGCAUUGCCCUUCUGUCCCGGAGGAAGAAGCGUAAAGGGAGAGGAGGAGGCCGGGGGGGGAGUAGGGAUGUGGGAGGACUGUAAUGAGAGAGAAGCAGAAUAAUGUUCAGGGGAAACUCUUAGCGAGUGAUGCUGCCGCUGCGGUUGCUGCGCUGGAGAUGGUGGUUAGCACUGUGUGCGUUACGUGACUAAUGUUUACGUGUGACCCAAUGGAGGUGGGAGGAGCAGCGAUCUGCACUUCUUAUUGUCUAAUAAUUGGGUUCAGUAUAGCCCCAAAUUCUCGCGUUUUCCUCCGGGGACAACCCUACCUGGGGAACAUGCAUAUGCUUGCACGUUGGUACGUACAGCAGCAUGAAGAAUGCCGUUGUAUUAUAUCAGUGAUGGAUGUGCAGUGAGCCCACUCCUUACCCUAUCAUUUUUGGCGCAACUUUUUGUUUUGGUCAUUACUCGUAACCGUCAAUGGGAGAGACGCAAAUGGAGGUGGUGAAGGUGAAACCUACAGAGAAUCCUCAUAAGGGACAGACGAGGGAAAGGUGCAUUGUGAGAGAGCCUGUCGGAGAAGGUGUGGGCGUAAAUGCAGACACACACGCACACUCACACACACACACACUCACACAGACAUGCACACACACACACAUACACACACACACACACACACACACACACACACACAGAGAGAGAGAGAGAGAGAGAGAGAGAGAGAGAGAGAGAGAGAGAGAGAGUCUUGGUUGUGUUUGCAGGACGGCCAAGUUUUAAGCUGAGCAGGCGAUGUGUGUUAGGUGAGCUUGGUGGUUUGCUGGCGGGGUUUGCGGUUGGAACUGGGUAAAAGGGUAUUCGCCCUAUCAUGGGAGCAACGUGCAAGAGACACCCGUUUUUUUGUUCGUACGGAACCUUGACCUAAUCCGUUCUGAUAUUAUGUAGAUACAUAUAUAUCGUAUAUAUAUAUAUAUAUAUCUGGACUUCGAGUGUCUUCUGUUGAUUUUAGAGUUUGAUUGACCAAGCAGUGGUGUUUUUUCUUGCUCCUACACCCCUAUGCUGUCCAAGGUUUCUGCGGUCGCCUCUCUCCUGUUGAGCCCUGUGUGCAAAUGCUUCGGUCUGUGGAAAAGGGAAAGAUAAUCUGCAUAGGGACAAAUACAUCAACAGACCUAGUCUGUUUAGGGGACAAAUACAUCAACAAACCUAGUCUGUUUAGGGACGAAUUCGUAAACUAUCUGUUAGUGUUAUUACAUUCAUCUGAUUCCAUCAGGAUUCGAGCUCACAAGCUGUUUGCUCACGGUUACAUGUGUGAGCCACUCAGCCGCAUGGAGUGGCUUGAUCCCUCGGUCUGUGAAAAUGCUUAGUCUGGUUAGGGACAACUAUGAAAACGGUCGGCUCAGUUUUGGAAAUGGAAACAUCAACAGGCCUAGUGCAGCUGCUACACCCGUGAACUGCUGAAAUACGAUGUGGGAAUCCAGAUGGAAUUAGAGUUACUAGAUGA